UCAGAAACAGGUCAAGGUAAAGUUUAAUCAUUUUCAGAAAAGCAUCUGAAAUUCGUACAGUAACAUGUGUGCGGCAUCAAUUGCUAAGUGCUUGAUAAUGCAGAACAAGUGCUCGACAAGCUUAGAAGACAAAUUUUUGCCUACUAGUUUCAAUUAAUAUUUAUCAAAAUGGAUAUAAGUGGCGUUUUAGCGUUAAAGUUUGUAGUAUUUAUAUUUGUUCAGGGCAUUUAUUGUGACACUGAAUGUGAUUGUAAUACUAAUAAAGCACUAAUGGAAUUGAUACAGAAAGACUAUUUACAGAUGAGACUUGAAAACUUUAAAAUUAUGUCACGUCUGAGACGCCUAGAAAUAUCUAAACAAACUGUUUCUACACAGUCGGAUCCACUUACAGCAAAAGGCUCAAGUCAACCGAAAGCGGGGGAUGGACUUGACAAGCUCGACGCUAACUAUGCAAACGUUAAAGCCCAAUCGGAGCGGAUGAAAAGUAUGGAGGCUAAAAUUACUAACAUAACAGCGCAAUCAGAAAAAGUCAAACACGAUAUCGAGGUCAAACUCGCAAAAACAGCAGAAAAUCUGGAGCGAAUUGAUAAGAUCGAGGAUAACAUUAUAAAAAUAGAAGAAAAAUUAGAAGUGAUGAACAGAAAUAAAGCCAGUUCUACAAAUGUCUAUAAAAUGGCAUUUGAUUUAAGAAAUGUUGUUAGAAAAAGUUUACUGGCAGAAAAAACUGGUAGACUGAUGGUUGCUUCCGACAUCAGAAAUCAAAUAGAAAAUAUAAAACAUUCAUUUUUUGAGUUCAAGACUGAAACAGCCACUUUGGUACAUAAUCAAAGUGUUUCAUUGUCUACAAAACAUGAAGCUUUUACGGAACAGAUGACCAGGCAAGUUGCUGAAGUAAAUCGUCAGAUACACACAGAUAUAGGAGAUAUUACUUUAGAAUUAAAUAAAGUAACUGAAAAAGUUUCCAAGAUGAAUACGACUUUGAAUGAGAUUACAGCUGACAAAACUGACAUUGACGACUGUAUCCCGGAUGUCUGUGGAUCCCGUGGUACUUGUGUUGAUGGUGUGGACAGUUACUCAUGUUCUUGUAUAACUGGAUACAGCGGGGUUCACUGCGAAACAAACAUUGAUGACUGUAUCCCGGAUGUCUGUGGAUCGCAUGGUACAUGUGUUGAUGGUGUGAACAGUUACUCAUGUUCGUGUAAGUCUGGAUUCGGCGGAAUGCACUGCGAAACAAACAACUUCACCGAUUGUUUUGACGUCCUUCAUCAAGGGAAGAUAACCCAAGACGGCGUUUACGACAUAAGCACAUGGAAAAGUCAUCGACAAAUCCAGGUGUAUUGUGAUAUGACCACUGACGGAGGCGGGUGGACAGUUUUCCAAUACCGCUUUAAUGGGCGUAUUGAUUUCUACAGAAAUUUUAAGGAAUAUGAGACAGGGUUCGGAAAUUUGGAAACAGAGUUUUGGCUAGGUCUUAAAAGUGUCCAGGAAAUGGCAUCGCAACGUAAAACUGUGUUGAGACUGGAUCUAACGGCAGCUAAUGGCACUACUGCUUACGAAACUUUCCAGAACUUUUACCUUGACGAGGGUCCAAACUAUACUCUCCAUAUUGAUCCUGGAACGGGCACAGCAGGUGAUGAGUUGAGGCAUAACAAUGAUCACCAUUUCUCAACUUACGACGCUGACCGUGACUCAGAUUCUCGAGAUUGCGCUGUCGAUCGUCAUGGUGGAUGGUGGUACAAUAAAUGCGCCAGCGCCAAUCUGAAUGGAGAAUAUGUAACACCAGGAACAGUGCAUCCAGUCAGAAGAUUCGCAGGGAUGUACUACUACUCAUUUCAAAGUGUGAGAUCGCUCAAAGCCGUUAAAAUGAUGUUCCGACGACUUUGAAAUCCAGGCGGAUGAAAUUUCAUUAAGGAAGCAGUUUUCAUUUGAAAAUCUUUUGGGAAGUUAACACGUGGUUUAUGACAUAAACGCAAAUGAAACCGCACCACCUAAAUAUGUUUUAAUCAGGAAGAAAAUGUUUUGGUAUUGAUACCCUUAAUGCAUGAAACCUUAAAAUAACAUAUGUUCAUAAUAAUUAUUCUGUCAUUCAGUAUUUUAACCUUGCGUAGGAAUGGAAUUAUGUAUAUAAAAUAUCGACGUUCAAUGUUUUUCAUGCACAUAUUGCUUUCCAGAUUUGUUUUUAUUUUCAUUUAAAAAAAUGUACAUCACGCUUAUAAUUCAGGUAUAAUAAUACCUAUUACAUUCUUCUUACCAGUUUAUUCUGCAAAAUAAUAUCUUGAAUUAGCAGUAACGUUUUCAUGAUCACAUUUCAUAUUUAUGAGAGAAAUACUGAAAAAUUAAUGUUACUUUUGUAGGCAUUGUUUAAUGACCACAGAAUAGCUGCAAACAUUAGAUUCUAGGCUUCUGAUUUAUUUAUAUGGCAUAGUUUGUAAACUAAAAGACAAGUUUGAAAGAAGAUUUUCAUAGACAUGACAUAUAUAUUUAGUGCAUUUAGCGUCUUCAUAAGCUCUCAGAAUGUGUUGGUGACCUACUGUACCGAGGUCGGUUACACCAAAUUCUCUUGAGAUUCUGUGGAUGUUAGCACGCAAAAUCAACUUGAAAUGUCGCUAUUGUUGCAUAAAUAAAUAUCAUUUUUUGGAUUCCAGUACUAUAACAACUACACGUUGAUGUUUGUAUCUGUCAAUAUUAGUAAUGUCUGUAACCUCUAAAACCACUGGGACGAAUUUAAAGAAACAUCACAGGAAUGAUCUUUUGGUGGUCCUCUGCCAAAGUUGUUCAAACGAUGUUGUUUCGAGCAGAACUCGUGGUAGCCGAAAGGAAAAAACUUUAAAAAUCUUCUUGUCUAAAACCACAGGUCUUAAUGAUUUGAUAUUUGGUGAUUGUUUAAUUAUCCCCCUAUGGUCAAAUAUGGCUCCGCCCAGGGGGUCACAUGGUUUACACAGACUUAUAUAGGGAAAUUUUUUGAAAAUCUACAAGUCCAAACCACAGGUCUUAGGGAUUUGAUAUUUAGUGUAUAGCAUCAUCUAGAAGUCGUCUUCCAACAUUGUUCAAAUUAUUCCCCUACGGUCAAAUAUGGCCCCGCCCUGGGGAUCGUCAAAUUGUUUAUAUAGACUUAGGGAAAACGUUUAAAACACAGGUCCUUUAUGGCUUUGAUAUUUAGUAUUUAGCAUCAAUCCAUCCAAGGUCAAUGUCACAGGGUCCAUUUUGUCCGUCACACUUCAUUUUCGAUCAAUAACUGGAGAACCAUUUGACCUAGCACUUCAAACUGCAUAGAGUGAUAUACCUUACAGAAUAAAUGGCCCAGGUCAUUUUUAGGGUUACUAGAUUAAAGGGCAAGGUCGGAGAGGCUAUGGAAAAUCUUUUCUGAUCAGUAACUUGAGAACCACUUGACCCAAAAUGUCAAAACUUCGUAGAAUAAUCGGACAUCUAGAGCAAAUGCCCACUUUUGAUGUUUUGGCUCAUUUGAUUAAAGGUUAAGGUCAUAGUGACCAGAACAUUGAAAACGGUUUUUGAUCAAUAACUUGAGAUCUAUUUGACACAGAACCUUCGUGUUUCAUAGGAUGAUAUGACUUACAGAGUAGAUGACUUCUAUAUCGUAUCGUUUUAUGGGUUUCUUGUACAUCACAGGGGCCUGAACAUGGAACAAAUCUUUCCCAUCAAUAACUUGAGAAUCACAUGCCGCAAAAUGCCGGAACUUCAUGGGAUGAAUUGAAAUGCAUAGCAAAUAAAUCUUAAGUACUUUGGGAUCCCUCGAUAAAAGGUCAAGGCCGUAGGGCAAGAACAGGAAAAACCAUUUCAAAGCCAUUACUUGAGAACCAAAAAGCCCAAAACGUCUGUGGGAUGAUUGGACAUGCCGAGUAAAUGAUCCCUGUUCCAGCGAAUCAUCAUUGUCUCUCCUGUCCUCUAUUGAAUUAUUUCCUGUUACUUUACCUAGAUUAUUAAAAUUAUCCUCCAGGGUUUAAACUGGCCCUGCCCUGGGAUGGGCAGACGCAUAGUUUAAGCAAGCAACUAAACUCAGGUGAGCGAUAUAGGGCCUCGAAUCAAUGGUAACUUGGGUAGGAGUCAAAUCAAGUAGCGAUAACGUAACAUUCGCGCCAUUCCUUUUGCUGUUUAGACGAAAUGAACGUCAUAAUUUUCAAUGGAAAAGAAUAGGGCGAAUGUAAAGACUUAAAUAUAAUAUAUCGUUAAAUGCCGUGUUAACGGCGCCAGUCUCUAGUUAAGAAAAAUGAGCGAGUAACCAUUAUAAAACUGUUUGUCUAAAGUACGAAUUGAUAUUUGACCACUUCUGUGCCAAGGGCCGAUUUUUGGCCUAUGUUGUUUACUACGUUGAGUCCCAAGGGUCGAUUUAGGCCGAUCUUAACUGAACAUUUACGCCGUUCAUUUGAUGUAAUUAUUUUCAAAGCAGAUUUCUAUGGAAAUGAAAACAUAAAUAUUUAACUGGCAUAUCCUGACGUCAUUUUCAAGUUGACGUUACUUUAAAGACGUUAACGUUACAACAAUUUCCGCCGAAAUUAUAUAUACAUAUUUGUGGUUUGGGUGUUUUAAUCGUGAUACAAUGACGAUGACGCACAUUUUACGACGAUCAUGUAAUAGAAAGAAAUAUUUAAUUAAGAUAUUCUAUACUUCAGAAAAUCGAAAUACGUAGAGCAAAUAACAAAAUAUCAUGUUGAUAAAUAAUUAUCCAGUCUUGCAUACCAUUUAAAUAAAAACAUAUUACCUAGUAAUUAAAAGUCGAACAAAGUUCUUUUAAAUCAAAAUAUACGAUAAGCAGUGUCGGACUAGUGAGAGAAUACAGACAGGUACGUUUUAAGGAACAAACAAGAAGCAUUAAAUAAAUACUCUUUUAACGCUCUGUUUGAGAAAUUUUCCAAUCUGUCGCUGCGCUGCCUUUGAAAUGUCUCAGUUAUACUUUUUGAACAAACAUGAAAACCUAUAUCCUUCAUAAAAUCUUGAUGAAUCAUUUUAUAGAUAUUAAAGAAUAAAUGUCAUCAUGAAAUAAAGUGAUAGUUUUACUGGUUACCAGUGUCUUCAGCUUGACAAAUGUGUAUAUUAAUCGAAAUGUAAAGUACUUUUACAAUUAGACCCUAAAACAUUGCAUUUUGAGACUCUUUUGGCCGCUGACUUCGAAUCACGUGUCCUUCACAGUUGCGGGUUCGAAACCUCACUUUGGGUGUUGAAUUAUUCUAUGUGAGAAAGCCAUCCAGCUGGCUAACGGGAGGUCAACGGUUCUACCCAGGUGCUAGCCCGUGCCUAAAAUAAUGCAUGAAAGGGCACCUGUUUUUUUUCUCGACCAUCAAAAAGCUGGAGUGUCGCCACUGUAUAAAUAAGUGUGCGAAUGUCUGGAACAUUUCUCGUACGAGACCGAUGUGAAAAAAAAUACACUUAGUAAUCUGAUAUGACUUCCAAUGAAGUAUGUAGAUGUUUAUAUUCUUUUGUGUUAUAAUUAGUAUAUUAAGAUAUUAUUGUCAUCGCAUGUGUUGAAAAAUGAAUUCAGUUAACGCAUAUAACGCGCACUCAAACACAGACAAGCUAAAAAAAGAGAGAAAAAUAUAGUUUAACCUA